CGGAGGAGAAUGUCAUACCCAAUUCUAGUUACGCAGAUAUCCCAAGAUGUCUCUCUGCCGAAUUGGCUGGAUCAGAAGGAUCUGGAGGCCUUGGUGAAGCAGGAUAUUCCAGAGUUUAGAAAAAUCGAAAACUUUCGAUACAAGUGGGAGGUUCAACUGGCACAACCCGCACUCUGUGCUCACCUUCAGAUUCUUUUAAGAGACAACAAGAAACGCCAAGUGAGUUACCUAAUCAAAUCAACAGAGUCGGUCGCAACCGGCUUAAAGGUACCCAUUGAAGGGGAUUUCUCAGUGGAGCGUCAUAUUUACGAGAAUGUACUACCUUCCCUGGAAGAGCUCUAUAAAAAUGCGGAUAAGAUCAUUCACUUUAGCCCACCAGUUAUCCAGGCAAAGCAAAAAUCCAACCAUCUUUAUUUGGAAUAUGUCUUAAACAAAGGUUAUUCCGUGGCCAAUAGCCUAAAAGGUCUGUCCAAAACCACAAUGGAAGGAGUAAUUUCAAAACUGGCUGCUUAUCACGCCGGGACAGCUUGCUAUAUAGCGAAGAAUUCCAGCAAGAUUAAAGAGCUUCCAAAGCUUGGGGAGAACUCGAAAUUGGGGAAAGAGGCUGCCGAACUCAAAAGCUUGUAUCAAAUGAGAUUUCACGAGAGUCUCCGAUCGAACGAAGCCAGAGAGUACGAAGAUAAGGUGAAAUCAUUUCAAAAGUAUGUGAAGUCGAAUAUCGAGGUUCUUGAUUUUAGAACUUCUUUUAAUGUGAUUUUAAAUGGAUCCUGUUGGCCGAAUAAUGUUCUUAUACAAGUCGAUGCCUUUGGCAAUGUUAAGGAUACGCUCUUCAGCGACUUUCAUGCUGCCAAAUAUGGUCCAGCUGUUUAUGAUCUUUUCAGCUUACUCCUCACGGCACCGGCUGAAAAAUCAACCCGAUUUGAUGGCUAUGUGAAGUAUUACCACGAUCGUUUGAUCGAAAAUCUGAACCUUCUAAAGUUUCAAGGAAAGAAACCUAGCCUCACGGAUCUGCAAUUGGAUUUACUGAAAUACGGUUAUUGGGCCUUCGAGUUUGCCACGGAAAUCCUGCCUAUAUUGAUCUCGGAUUUUGGAAACAACGACGUGGAUGAGCUCUUCAAGAACCCUGUGUUUGGGACGCAAAUUAGAGAACUACUGCCCUGGCUUGAGAAUCGCGGAUAUUUCGAAGAAGACUAGACAACGACCUUGUUCCAAAAACUAUAAAUUUACAGCCAUUACAAUGCAUACCGACUAUUUUUAUCAAAAUACAAAUAAAUG